AUGAGCAGUGAAAAUAGAAUUACUAGAUAGAGUAUUCAGAAUUUUAAAUAAAGCUUAAGAAAUGAUAGGUCUCCUAUGAAUUAGAUCUCACAUUUAAGAGUGAAAGGAGCUGAGACAAGUUAAAAAAUUACAGAUUAAUAUAUUUUUAAUGUGCAAGAGAAAGAAAAGUUGCAAAAUAUUUUCAAAAGGAUCCAAAGUAUGAAAGAUCAAAAGAGAAUCCAUGAUUUAGUGAUGAAUUUACCAACACGAAUGUUGAAGAGUUUUAAUUAAAACAAAUUUGAUUUAUUAGACGAUAGAAGUUAUUUUUACAAUGAAGACACAUUUUUAGAUUAAAUAAAUAAUGGAGUCAACUACAAACGAAAGAGCUUAAAAAUAAAAAAUGUAUCACUUUUUUUAGAUUAAUCAAAGGAUGACGAUGAAAACAAAGACAUGGAUAAUAACUUAGAAGAUGAGUAUAAUGUUGAGCCUAUUUAUGUCUAGACAAAAUUUGAUAAAAUGUUAAAACUUUUAUCUAAGAUAAUUGAUAAAAUUCCUAUCAUAUAGCCUUCGAGUUCUUUGAAAUUAAUAUGGGAUUUAAUUAAUAUGACUGUUAUCAUUUGCUGCUUGUUUUUUCUUCCUAUUGUUAUGGUAUUUUAAUUCUAUUUCACUGAUUUGAUGAACUAAAAUAUGUUAAUAUCUAUUCCUACUUUGCUCAUUAUAGAUAUUAUUAUCAACUUAAACACUGGAUUUUUCUUCAAAGGCUAAGUGAUAAAAAGCAGAAUUAAAAAUUUAGAAAAAUAUUUUAAAAAACACAUAUUCAUUGACGCUAUUUGUAUAUUCCCUUUACUUUUUACACUUUAUGGAGAAUAUUGUAAUAUCGACCCUGAUUCAGGAAAUAUAAACGCAAGCUAUACGCCUAUUCCUAGAAUAUUUUUACUCCCUUUUUUUUUUAAGAUAUUUACUCUCAUUUCCAAACUCAAAAAAAUUGAGGAGAGAUUUAAUAUUCCAAGGUUAAUUACAAAUUUGAUUUAGCUUGCUAAGCUGUUAUUUACUAUUAUUCUAAUUAAUCAUUUGUUUGCAUGUCUGUGGGUUUAUGUUGCUAAGUAUGAAGAUGAUUAAAAAUCAUGGAUGUAAUACAAAAGUAUUUCAUAAAGUAGUUGGCAAGUCCAGUAUUUGGUUGCUUUUUACUUUACAACUGUUACAAUGAUUACUGUAGGAUAUGGAGAUGUGCUACCAAAAACUAAUUUAGAAUAUAUCCUUUGUAUCAUAACUAUGAUGAUUGCUUGUGGUGUAUUCGGUUAUUCUCUCAACGAAAUAGGGUUAAUAUUUAGUAAUUUUUUUUAAGUCGAUAACGAAAUAAAGAAAAAGUUGAAAUUAAUUUAAAGAUUUAUGAGUAAAAAAAAUAUCGGUUCAAAUCUUCAAUAUUAAGCAAGGGAGUAUUUAGAAUAUUAUUGGAGAGAGUCUGCUGAAGCAGAUUAAGAAUAAGAAUAAAAUAUUAUAUCGUAAUUGAGCGAGUCUUUAAGAUAAAAAUUAUUAUUUGAAGCAAACAAGAUAGUUUUAAGAGAUUCCCCUAUUUUCAAACAUAAUUUUUCGAAAGGAGUAAUUGAACAAACUGUUCCUCUAAUUUAAGAAAUUAAAUACUCUCCAGAAAGUUUAAUAUGUUAGAAGGGAAUUCAAGAUGAUCAAUCCAUUUAUUUCAUUGAAAAUGGGUCUGUAGAAAUAAUACUUACUACUAAAGCAAAGUAGCAGAAAGUUUUGCUCAGAUUAGAAAAAGGAGAGUCUUUUGGCGCAUAUACUUUUUUUACUGGUUUACCAAGAAUGAAUAAUAUCAGAUCUAAAGAGUUUACUACUAUAUUAAAAAUAAAAAGAUAGGAUUUCUUAAAGCUUAUUUCUAACUAAGCCGAAGAUUUAGAAACGUUUUGCAAUAUUAGAGAUUCCAUUACCUAUCUUAACGAUUUUAGCAAGAUAGGACUAAGAUGCAAGGGAUGUAACUCAAAUUAUCACAUGGUAAAUGAAUGCUAAUUUCUCCACUACAACCCCAAAAAGAUGAGAAUAAUAAAGCAAUACAAUGAUUAAAAAAAUAAUAAUCAUUACUUUAGAGUGUCUUGCGAAAGAAGAGAUGUUAAUAAAAAUCUCCAUUACAAAAAUUCUAGAUCUAUUGCUUAAACUGUUUACUUUCAUAUAUAGAGAUAUAUUGAAAAUAAUGGAUCGCUUUUAGAUUUAUCUGAUGAAGAAAUAGAAUACUCUGAUGGACAUUACAAUUAAUCAGAUUAUGAUAUUGAUGUGGAAAACUAUACAUAAAAAGAUAACAAUGUAUAAAAUAAAAAACUUAAAAUCCCAGGCUAAGAAUUGAAUAAACAAAAGAGUAACAUAGAGCCUGAAGAUUUCAAUUCAGCAUUAAAAGAGUUUUUUAGCUUAAUAGGGCAGGAGCAAUAUGUUAAUGCUCUAAAUUUAAAGAAAAAUAAUACAAAAAAUGAACCAUAAAUUAAUGUAUAUAAAAUGAAUACCUUUAGUGAAAAUGUGAGUGAGCAUCCUUCUUCUAUAAAUGCAAUUUAAUCAAUAAAUAAAAUUGUUAUGCCAAUAAGAGAUAGGAGUUAGACAUAGGAAAAAAAUGAAAAAUUUGAGAGACUUGAAAAAUCAAGAUCUUCGAUUAUCAUCAAUUAAUACCAAAGGCAAACUUCUAUCAACCUCAAAAAUAACUAAAAGCCAUAAAAAGAUAUAUCAAGGUCUUUUAAUGACAAAAAUUUUGAUUAAUUGUCAGAUAAUUAAAAGCAUGAGAAAAAACCUGCUAAACCUCAUAAAAGGAGUAGUUAAACUUAAAAUCAUAAUGACUAAAAGCUUGAUGAAAUACUAAGUCAUCUUAAACAUUUAUUUACUCAAAAAGAUACUGAAUAAAUCCAGACUACAUAUUUUAGAGAAGAUAAAUUCUCUAUCCAUGAAAAUAUUGAAAAUAGUGUGUUUCAUAAUUUUGAUAGAAUGAAAAUUUUUGUCAAGUACAAACCACGUUUUAAUUAUACUACAGUGAUCAGCAAGCUAAAUUAACUCUAAGAAUAGCUGAGAAAACAAAUACUAUAUCGUAGAAAUUACAGAAUGUCAAAUAGGAAAAAAAUUACUUUGUUUUCAAAGAUUUAAGGAAAUAAAAUGAUGGAUAAUUCUUAUGAAGCAAGGUCUUGCUCAGUGAGGUAAGUUACUCAAAAGAAUUCUUAAUCUCCAUAUAAUUAAGAAAAUUCUGAUAGCAAAUACUUAAAUGCAAUAAAACUUUCUGAUUCCACUCUUUGUUUUGAAAAAGAAACAAAUAAAAAAUCUUCAUGUAAGGUAAGUCAUUUUAAUGAGUCAAACUAAGUAUAAAAAGGAGAAUAGGCAUUCUAAAUAGAUAUAAUCAAUAACUCUGGUAAUGAUUUAAUACAACAAAAUAGUUUAAAAGAAAUUAAAAAUAAUAAUAAUGAUUCAAGUUUACAUUUAGAUAAAAGAACAUCUGAAUUAUUUGAUCAUAGUUCAUGUUAAAAAGCCUUAAAAAAUGAAGAGAUUGCUUUAGAAGAAGAAUUAGAAAAUCAUGAACAAGCAUUAGUAACAAUACCACGUGUGAUGAAAAAUUAAACUACAAAUAUAGCUCAUAGGGCAUUAUUUGAUAAAUGA